UCAGACAUGCACGGCCUGGUAGUUUGGGUUCCAGUGAGAUCUCAAAUUAGCUUCAAUGACCCACAAGGUCAUAUCGUCGAACAAAAAGAGCCCUUUAUUACAAUUGUUGUGGACGUGUCUUAAGUUCAAGUUUAAUCAACAGUACCAGUAGUGUUUAUAUACACCCUACUUCACUCACUCAUCGGUUGCAGUUUGAUCGGUUGUGGGAGGAGAAAGAAAUCAGUACGCUGAAGAAACGAAAUCGAACGCUUAUUUCGUACGGUAAGUAAGUAAUCAUGUCCGUGAAGUUUAGCAGGCGUGCCGACUAUAACUCGAUUCGCGUCUGUUUGUGUUGCGAGCAUGACACGACUGUUAACUCUAUACUUACCGGCAGUAAAUCUUAACUCAAGAUCUGUUGGAGCGAUUAAAUGCAAAAUGUUUCCGUAGAGUUAGCCUAUAAACGGCUCUAUUGCAAAUCAGCGACGGUGUUUUGUCAACUUCCAUACCGCCACCAAGAUUACUGUGCCCUUUAGAAAGAGUUCCUAUUAACGCGAUCAUUUGCAGUUGAUGAUUUCCUUAAGGUAUUUUUAAAACUCAUCCGUACACAAAAGGUGACAAAACUAACAAGGAAUUGCAGUUAAAGCGCCAGCCAUUUUCCGUGAGUUUAUUCCACGCUCGAGUUACUUUACAACCUUCAUGUGCAUAACUUAGCUCGUUGUGACGAAAAAGUACAUAUAGUUGAUCACGCGAACUGAACAUUUGAUAGUGAACGCCAAAUCUUUCUUCUUACAUAACGAAAGCAUGAAUUUUAAGUUCUUAAAUCGAGAGCAAACAAUCAAAAAAUGCUUUUUUUCUGAAAUACAAUUAGGCAUGUACAUGUUUGAUUCGAUGAGUUUUGUUUCGUUUACCGAAUAUUGCAGACAUUAUUGUGACAUGCAAAUACGAAUAUGGCAGUUAAGAGGCAGAUAGGGUGACAGGUAAAGAAUUUCAUUACCGCGAGUUAGCCCAGACAAACAAUUUGUAUUAUGGCUACAGGGAGGUUAUGCACAUGAAUGGACAAAUAAUACCAUUUUAAGUAAUCAUCAGUAACGCCUAGAGAGAUACACAAUUCUCUCUUGAGAAUUUUUUUAAGCAUUUUUAUUCUUUGGUAUUUGAUUCAAUUUUUUCCUUAAGAGCAAUUGAUAUUACGAUAAAAUCCAUUUUGCUUUUUGUUAGACAUAUUUAAUCCUAAAGUCCCGUCUUUGUAAUUAAUUGGCUUCAGGAAAUUUCGGCCUGAUUACUUUCGUUAAUAAUGCUCGAAAAGUUUCAGUUACCCAGAAGAUCUCAAGAUAAUUCGAUUGGCUUUUAAAAACAUUUUCUAUUGUAAUGCCGAGACUGAAGAAGGUCAUGGCUUUCAAAACACGCCAAACGCCAACAAAAAGCUAAAUUCCGCGUAAGAGCUUGACAUGCAUUUUCCCGUUCAUAAUAAGCGAAACUGGCACGACCGUGAGCUUAACGUGUGGUUAAAGCAAUAGGACAGAGCUAUUUCGGUGCGGAUCAUUUUGGAAACCAGCAUAGUGCCGGCUCAACAGGCGAGUCUUCCUAAUCUCUUUCUUUUCCUUUUUUUUUCUGCAAAAAAGAAACGGCAGCUCAGGUUACUUUGCCAUGGUCCAAAUUUAGCUGAGGCCAAUGACGAUGGGAAAAAGCGCACUAAAUCAUGAACAAAAUUCAGAAUUUAAUCUAAAUACUACCAUAAAACUUGCCUCAAAAUCUGCGUGCAGUCGAUUUCUGAGUGCAGAAAAAGCGCAUAAAAAGGAAGCGUAGGCAUUCUCUUCUCAAACUGUUCACCAACUCAAUUUCUGCUCAUUAGCUUGUUAACAAGCGCAUUGAAGGCUGACUUAACCACCCCCCUCCCCCUUAGUCACGCCUUUUUUGGCUUUUCUCUUAAUUCUGGUGUUGUAGAAGAGAGAGAUACCGGUGGUUAUAGGGCUAAAAUCUGGAUCGAGAGCUCCGCUUUCCAGCCUUUGCCGAGACGAUGGAAAUCGGUGUAAACUUAGAUGGAGAUGGGCCUCUAGACUCCCAACCCUUGCCCACAAUCCCCACUCAGGGUUAUGCAGGCUCAGCGUGAUAGAAAAACGAUGAUUUUGGGUCGCGAGCGUGUAGAAUAAGGUUACAAAUCAAAAACGCCUCUCUGAGCCUCUUCGAUCUAAAGAAUUAUUAUCUUCUAUUGAAAUCGAAGUAGUUUACUCCAUCUCCACAUUUCCUCUGAUCGUUAGACUUUGACAUGAUGAGCGGAACUAAGGACAAGGGAGAACUGUUGAUUAUAGCUAAUUUGGCUGAGCAGUCAGAAAGAUAUGAUGGUAAGUAACCCAUUUUAUUUUCCGUGCGUGUUUUACGAGAUUAUUUCAGAAAAGCCUCGUCAGUUUAACCUUUUCUACCCGGGAGGGGGGGACACUUGGGUCGAUUUUUGCGAGAUAUAUUCCACUGACCUCUCAGAACUCCCUACCCCAUGAUAGUGGGAGCCAACUAUAGAACCCAUCUAAGUCACUCUUGGGCAAAUGCGAUUUUUGCGAUCUCAACUUAGUCACUUGUUAAUCGUGAAUCUUCUCAUUUUUAAAUCUCUAAUUACCAGAAUUUUCUUACCUCCAAAAUCCUUAAACUGUGCGACCCCACUCUAUUGAAAAUGCAAUCCCAUCCAUUAACCUAUCACCAGGAAGUUCCCCCCCUCCCCCAAGGUCACUACCCUGCCUCUGUCACAAUUGGAACGCUGAAAGCAUAGCCACAAAGGUGCUUAUGGUCGACAUAAUCUAACUAAACCCUACAACUCCUAUGCGUGACCAAGACAGACUAAUGAGAUCUUAUGAGUGAAAGAGUUAAAGAGAAUCAUCAAUCUAGUCUAUGAUUAUUUCGACGCGGAAACACGAAUUCCAGAGAACAUAAACGCAGGCAUACAAACAUAUAUUUAUUUAUUUUAUUCUGCGUUUGACAUCCUAAAAUUGCUUUGAUAUCAGUCGAGGAGCUCUUCUAUUUCCUCUAUGCCUCAGAUUCAUUUCUUGUAGAUAAUAACUACCUUAAGGAUGAAAUGAGAGAAAAUGUAAUCGAAUAUCGAAAAUUAUCCAGUGCUGGGCUUUGGCUAAGUGAUUGGUUCGAAAUUCUCGCCACCUUCUUAACCAAUCAGAUGUCGAACUGAAUCUAUUCUACACCUCGGUCACUUGCGUUUUCCCGCGCUUCAGGCGGGUUGCUGUGUUCAGUUUGAGAUCUCAUUAGCACCUUGUAAAAUUAAUCUGUUUUCUGAUUGGCUGUCGUAAUAGCUUGGUUUUGGUUUUACCACAUUUAAUCGAAAAGCACUCUAGGUCUGAUCGUCAGCGGACUUUUCAUUCGACAGCUGAGAAUAACCGUUACUGAUGAACCCGCCUUCAAUUUUUUUUUUAUAUAAGAUAUGCUGGAAGCUAUGAAAAGCAUAGUGGUAAUGUCUAAAGUUCUGGAGACAGAGGAGCGAAAUAUGCUGUCUGUGGCCUACAAAAACGUUAUCGGCGCUAGACGUGCAGCAUGGAGAAUAUUCAGUGGCCUGGAGGUGAAACACGAAGGGGACGCUAAGAGCAAAAAAACUGUGACAGAAUACAGGGAGAAGGUAGAAAAGGAGAUACAAGAAAUAUCCUCCGGAAUUUUGAAACUUUUAGAUGAUCAUCUUAUACCGAAUGCUGACACAGAAGAGUCUAAAGUAUUUUUCUAUAAAAUGUAAGUGGAUUUGAGAUUAUUGAAAUGGAAUGGGUUAUAUUUAUUGUUAGGGACCAUUCAUUUAUUGCUGGGAUGGGGGGGGGGGAGGGGGGUGAGGAUGUCAGAGGAUUUUUGGGGAGGUCACAUGGUUUUUCAAGAGAACAGAGGAGUCAGUCGGUCUUUAACAGGGUCAGAGAGGGGACUAUGGAAAACUGAUUGCCAAUAAGGGGGGGUAGUGUCAUUAGAUUACUACAGAGCCUUUUUCAGAGCCUUAUAGGGAGCUUAGGUAUAAGUUAUUGUGGCACGAAUAAAACUCCUCCGAAACCCGUUCCCCACCCCUCGAUCGGCGAUAAAUAAGGAUCAGUCCCUGAAAUUGGUAAAUUUUGCUUCGCCUAUCUCCCCAUUAAGGUACUAGCUGAGAUAGAAAUCCCCCCUUGGCACGUGCGAAGCAUCUCCUAUGUCUUCAGCCAUUCGUUGGUUUUAUAGUCAUAGUUUUGUUUCAUUUAGUCUUGUCUCAGCGAUAAGUGGUCGAAGCUGAGGUACAAUUUUAAGGGUAGCACGUGUUAAAGCACUGUGAUUGUUGGAAAACAAAUCUUGAAGUUCUCCCAAGCUCCCAAAUAUAAAAAUUACGCCUACAAACGGAUAAUAAGAGCGUUCUUGCGCUUACAUAAGAUUGAUAGAGCUAAAACGCAGUGAGCAAUAUUAUAAGUAAAGUGUAAAAGAUCACCCUUGGAAACAGUAGCAGGACAUGCAACAUGUCCAAAAACGUGGAGUACUAUGUAAACUUUGGUCUAUGAGGUAAUCUUUCCUUCAACAAAAGGAAAAAAAAGAAAGAGCUACGCUAUUACUAGCUUUAGAACAACAAUUUCUAUUUGAGGGCCUAAAUUGAUGCGGGGUUGAUUGUUUGGUUUUUUUAGUACCCUUUGUGAUUGGUCUGGAAAGCUUGCAGUAGCGUCUACCCCAACCAGUCAUCGACAAUAAGAUGCAAAACCUUAAGUAAUCGGGACUUUUCCUUGCAUGUGUUUCCAGCGAAAUUUCAUUAUACCUCCUUGGAUACUUGUCUUUGUUUCGAUGUGUUAUUUUGAUUAUACUUAAAUCUUGAUUUAAUUUACGACAUUCGAAUGAAAAGCGCACUACAUCUGAAUACACUUUAGGAGAACAGUUUACUGAAAUUUAGUCUUUGAGGGAGAAAAAUGCUAGCAUGUCCGCUUGCAGGUGGAGUUCUGAUUCAUUCUUCGGGAAUAGGGAGAGGGAAGUUUAGUUAAUCAAUAUCUCUGGUGGCUCUCUGAUCUUCGGCUGGCACUGAAGAUAACGAGUGAGUGUUUCCUGGCCACGAUUUAUCUUUCCUCCCUCAUCUCUGAUUUCCAGGAAGGGCGAUUACUACCGAUACCUCACGGAGAUUUUACAAGGCGAUGAACGUAAGGCCCCAUCAAACCAAGCGUUGGAGGCCUACAAAGCUGCAGAUGAAGCUGCCUCCAAGCUGCAGUCCACGCACCCCAUCCGACUGGGCUUGGCACUAAACUUCUCCGUGUUCUACUAUGAGAUACUCGAUUCCCCAGAUGCUGCCUGUAAACUGGCGAAGGCAGCGUUUGAUGAGGCUGUGAAGGAUCUGGACCCGUCCGGAAACGAAAGCCAAUACAAAGAGAGCACUUUGAUUAUGCAGCUUCUGAGAGAUAAUUUGACACUAUGGACUUCGGAAAUGCAGGAGGAAGGUGAGUGCGGCAUAAACGAU